AUGGCCGGAAAAGGAGAGAAGAUAUUGGUUUCGGUAAGAGUAAGGCCACGGAACGAGAAAGAGAAGACGAGGAAUGAUAUCUGCGAUUGGGAAUGUGUCAACAACACAACAAUAAUCUGCAAUAAUAAUUUGCCUGAGAGAUCUCUCUUUCCUUUCACCUACACAUUUGACAAAGUGUUUGGAUUCGAUUCCCACACGAAACAAGUCUAUGAAGAUGGAGCUAAGGAGGUUGCUCUUUGUGUACUCGACGGAAUCAAUUCAAGCAUCUUUGCGUAUGGACAAACGAGCAGUGGGAAGACAUACACAAUGAGUGGCAUCACUGAAUUCGCAAUAGACGACAUUUUUUCUUACAUUGAAAAGCAUAAAGAACGCGAAUUCACUCUCAAAUUCUCUGCAAUCGAGAUCUACAAUGAAGCUGUGAGAGAUCUCCUUAGUGAGUAUAACAAUCAACUAAGGCUUCUUGAUGAUCCAGAGAGAGGAACUGUCGUUGAGAAACUUAUCGAGGAGACACUAAGAGACAGAUCCCAUCUAGAGGAACUUCUUUCAGUCUGUGAGACUCAAAGGAAGAUUGGAGAAACCUCCUUGAAUGAAACUAGCUCCAGAUCACAUCAGAUUCUCCGGCUGACAAUUGAAAGCACGGGUCGAGAAUACUCUCCUGAAAACUCCAGCAUUCUUGCAGCAUCCGUGUGCUUUGUUGAUCUAGCUGGAAGUGAACGAGCUUCUCAGACUUUAUCUGCUGGUGCAAGAUUGAAAGAAGGUUGUCAUAUAAACCGGAGUUUACUCACUCUUGGAACUGUCAUCCGGAAACUAAGUAAAGGAGGAAGAAACGGGCACAUACCGUACCGAGACUCGAAGCUAACUCGUAUCCUUCAGAACUCUUUGGGAGGAAACGCGAGAACAGCCAUCAUAUGCACGAUGAGCCCUGCUCGUAGCCAUGUUGAACAGUCGAGAAACACACUCCUCUUUGCAAUCUGCGCUAAAGAGGUGACAACAAAUGCUCAGGUCAAUAUGGUCGUGUCUGAGAAGGCUUUGGUGAAGCAACUCCAGCAAGAACUUGCUCGAAUGGAGAAUGAGUUGAAGAAUCUAGGAUCUGUUACUUCUGCAGGCUCUGACUUCUUUUUGUUGCUAAAAGAGAAAGAGGAAGUGAUUGCAAAAAUGGAAGAACAAAUGAGAGAGUUGAAAUGGCAGCGUGAUGUAGCUCAGUCCCGGGUGGAGAACUUACUUAAAUCAACAGCGGAUGAGAGGUCUUCUAGGAUGGAUGAGCGUUCCAUGUUAAGCUCCAUGGAUUUUAAUGCAGAUCGAAGAAGAAGCUAUGAUUCAAUAGAUCUUGGUGAGCCAAGUAUCAUUAACAACUUGACCGAGAGGAACUUGGAGUUUUUGGAAAAUCCAGAAGAAGAUGACUUCUUGCUGGAUGAUAACACCCCUCAGUUCUCGAGGCAAAACCUGUACGAUGCCUGGGAGGAAAUGGUUAAAAAAACAGACCAAAAACAAGAAGAUGCAUGCAAAGAAGUUAGAUGCAUUGAAACUGAAGGUGAGGAGAUUCAUGGAGAAGCAGCAACAGUCGAAAGCUAUGGUGCAGCAGAGGACAUCGUUGAUAAGAAAGCUGUGUUAGAGGUACUCUCACCAAGAAAGGAAGAAAACUUAUCAGCUACGAAAUACGAACAAAGCUAUAACUCCUUUGUAGGUGACGAGAAAGCCAAGAGCGAAAACAUGGAGAUUAGCGAGCCUGAAGAAAAGGAAAACGUUGGCUUACCCUUGAGAACAAUAGAUGUAGAGCCUGAAACCUCUGAGCUAACUUUAAAUAAUUCCGAUUUAGACAUGAGCCAAUCAGUUGAAGCUCAAGAAUCUGUCAAGGAAGAAGAACAGAUGAAGAAAGAAGAAAGGAAAAUGAGUCCUUUCACAACGCAAGUUGAGCAAUGGUUAAAGAAAGAAGGCAAUGCUCAGUCAGAACGGCAAUCAAAGGAAGACAGGGAAUUGAGUUCACUCCCUACAAAGGAGCAAUCUGAAGAGACAGUCCAAGUGGACUUGAUAUCUGAAGAGAAGUGGGACAACAAACAACAUCAAGAGCAAGACGCUGAUAAAGAUUAUGAGGAAUCAUCAUCUACCUGGAACAAUAUUGGGACAGAUCAUGUUGACAACAAGACUUACAUUGCUUUAAAAGAAAAGGUUAAGGAGAUGCAGAAGAAGAUUGAGUACCUUAUGAAUAUGCACACAGCAGAACAACAACAGUCACCUUCCUUCAGAAGAGAUUACAAGAGUCCUGAACUUUUCACUACAAAAAGAAGCAGAAGUUGCAGAGAGAAUAGAUCUCCUCACUGGUUUGAGAAUGUGGACACUAGUAGCUAUACGUCACCUUCCUGGACACUAGACGCGGCUCCUGAAAGACCCAUAAGCAAGACACCUAACACGACGAGCAUUUCCUUUGAUUCAGGGAGCUCGAUGAGUUCUACACCCAUUGAUGAGCAUGGCCUUAAGGAUUCUGAUUUGGAAAGGGCCAACAGUUUCCAAGAAUUCGUAGCAGGGCUUGAAGAAAUGGCAAGGCAGCACCACUCAGUUGACUCCACACCUGAGCUCGAUUACGGGUUUUCAUUUGCCCCCAUAACAACCGAAGGAAUGGAGAUCAAGCCGGAAAGCCCUGCAAAUAGCAUCAGAGGGGACACAAAUGCAUUGCCAAAUCUUCAAAAUGAAAAUGAAGAAAGCACAGUUACCAUCAGUGAUCAGUCAGAGAGAGAGCAGGCCAGUGAUUCGGUAGAAGAAGCAGUACCUAACGAAACAAGUUCCACGGAGGCUUUCCCAGAGAAACUACAGGUUGCUAAUGAACAAUAUUCAAGCUGUUCUCUAGACUUUGCGAACCAACAAAGGCAAAUAAUUGAGCUUUGGUCAGUAUGCAAUGUACCACUGGUUCACAGAACCUACUUCUUCUUGCUCUUCAAAGGUGAUCCUUCCGACUAUGUUUACAUGGAAGUUGAACUCAGAAGGCUAUCUUUUCUGAAGCAGACAAUAUCUAAUGACACGGAAACGUCAAGGAUACAAACAGUGAAGGCACUCGUACGCGAGAGGGAAUGGCUUUGCAAACAAAUACCAAAGAAAUUUCCAGUGAACCAGAGAAUAGAACUUUACCAAAAAUGGAGUGUGGAGGUGAAAUCAAAGCAGAGAAGCCUGCAGAUAGCGAACAACCUGUGGACCAACACACAAGACAUGGAACACAUAAAAGAGAGUGCGUCUCUUGUGGCUAAGCUGCUUGGAUUUGUUGAACCAAGUCGGAUGUCAAAGGAAAUGUUUGGCCUCAGCUUGCUAUCUAGAACCGAGAACGUAAAAUCAUCUGGCUGGAGAUUUACCAAAUCUUUCUCUAACAUACGCUUGACCGGAUUAUAA